AUGGCAACGAGGAUUCCUGCCUGGCGAAGACUUGGCCUCGCUCUACAGAGUGAGGCCCAAUCCGGAGUCGCCGUUACUGAUCCCAUUACAUCGCAAGGGGGCGAAAGUCAGCCUGCAACGAUACCUGAUGCAGCAAAAGGCAUUCAAACGCACUCUGAGCCUUCCAUCGAGCCUGCCCAAAAUGGCAAAUCGUCAAAGCUUGGCAAAAGGAAACAUGAACAUGAGACCGCGGAGGCCAGCAUACCGACACCAUCGAAAAGAACCCGGAUAGCACCAGUGGACAGCCAAACUUAUGACGACUCAGCUGAUAAUGCGUCUGCCGUUGCGCAAGACGGCCAUGCCAUACCAGAUAGUAUCACGGAGGAGACUCCUGCAACCGCACCUGCCACAGGAGACCCAAACUACCGCCAGGGGAAGAAGAAGAAGCCGAAGUUGACUCCGAGAGACCGGAAAAAGUUGGUAGCACAAACGGCGGCUGCAACUUCACCCGCCGAAGCUGUGCCUGUAAGAACAAGAGCAACUUUACUUGCCUCUACGGAGAUCGACCACUCUCCUGUGCCCUUGAUCUCAACACCUCAAAAGCAUCAGCCUAUCCUUCGAGACCGCAGCAAAGAUUCGUCAGGCUCACCACCACGGACUGAUCGGCGAAAGUCGGUGGCAUUUACUCCAGACACAAAACGACUGGACGGCGAUAGCGGGCAGACUUGGUUCAAGAAGUGGGCUGCAGAGCAGAAGGGAGAAGAACUCGAAGCCCUACCGCAGCCUAGCUUCACUUCGGCGCCAGCAACCACCAAGGAGCUUAAAGAAGUUACGAAGGCAGAGAGACAGGAGAAGAAGAAAGAGAAGAAGGACAGAGCAGCAGCAAACGAGAAGGAAGCAGCGGCUUUUGCAGCGAGUGCCGCAGCCAAGGACGACGAAGCAGCUGCACAGCCAGUCUUAGGAUCACCGAAACCUUCAAAUCAGUCUGCGACCGCGGCGAAGGGUAAGAAGAAAGAUCCUUCCGUUUACACUACCUAUCUCACUCAGUAUUACAACGACCGCGUCAACUGGAAGUUUAAUAAAGCGAAGCAAAACGACGUCGUAGACAACGCACUGAACAUCUUUCGCAUUCCAGACGAGCAUUCGGACGCACUACUUGAGUAUAUCAAGGGUUUGAAGGGCGCUGGUGUCAUCGAUCGACUGAGGGAGAGGACUCUGGCAGCCAUCAAGGAGUUGGAUGCAGAAGACGCCAAAGCACCGUCAGACAUGGACCAAGAAGCUCAAAAAACUGCUAAGGAGGCGGCUCUGCAAGAACGCGUCACAAAAGAGAAGAAGCGCAGGAAGGUUGAAGGUGAUAUCGAGAGCUUAGCGCAGCACCCCAACGGCGAUGCAUACAUUCGCCGAAUGCGCCGCAGCCGAGCAGAAGCACUUUUGUCAGCACUUGGUCGUACGGCACCAAUCUUGCCCGCUCCCAAGCCAACGACGAGCAUCAAUCCCGCAGUUCAGCUUCUGCCUGUGCAGAGGGCCCGCAAGAGUAAGCGCCGAACCGAUAUCUCGAGCGACGAGAGCAGCUCGGACAGCAGCAGCGACGAGAGCUCAAGUGAAGAGUCAGAGCCUGAAACCGAAGCCGACGACAGCUCAAGCUCAAGUUCUGACAGUGAUGGGUCUGAUGGAAGCGACAGCGACAGCGACAGCGCUGAGGACAGCGAUUAG